AAUAAAUACAGUAAACCGUUACAUUAAAACAAUUUAUAACUUUUUGCACUUUGUUUUUCUUUUUAGACUAGUUCAUUAACACCUGUCUUCAAAUUUUGGGUACGAACGGAAAUUGUGAGGGGUUCGAAAAUAAUUAAAAUACUAUCGAAAAAACAUUUUUUUUUUUUAAAGUUAGAUCAUUAAAAAUUCUCUCGAAUUUACAAUUUUGUAUACCUUACAUAGCGUUUUUACACUGCUCAGCAUUUAAAAUUGCUACACCGUAAAGGCGGUAGGUAACAAACGAGAAAUUUGCACAAAAGGUACUACAAUAUGCCGGGUACUCCAUACCUCAAGAUUACACGCCAAUUUAAUCGUGUUUUCCUCCAUUAUACUGUAAACAUGAUUCUGCUAUUCGCUUUCCUUCCUGGUGUAGCAAUUUUAAUUUUAUAGCCGUUAUAAUUUGAAUACAGUAUUAGAUUCGUUACGGAUUUUUCGUUAUGAGGCGUUGCCUAAUGUUCUAAAAACGUUCAAACCGUCCAAUAGCAUUAAUCGUCCAAUCGGAGUAUUAGAAUCUGCCGUUUACAACCAAUCAGAAAACGAGGACGGUUACAAAUUGUUUUCAAUUCUCGACUGUUGCAUCAAGUAACGUCACAAUCUUUAUUGCUGUUCGAGCAUAUGCCGGUUGCUAAUCUUGUUCUGGGUUACAUUCUUCUUUUAAAUAUAAUUUUGACCGUAGAUAUCAAAUAUGGGAAGUCAACCGUUUCAAUUUACGUGGAAUAACCACGAGAAGGAUCUGGUGUCUAGUUUCAAGCAGUUAUUGACUACGGAAGGUUUGAUGGACGUCACUCUAUCUUGCGAAGGAAAAAAAAUGAAAGCGCACAGAUUGAUACUGAGCGCGAGUAGUCCAUUCUUUAACAAUAUUUUUAUGGAUAAUCCGAAUCAAUAUCCCGUUAUCGUCCUAACUGAUACGAAGUAUUCCGAUCUGAAAAUGAUUCUGGAUUUUAUUUAUAACGGCGAAAUUUUUAUCCCGAGAAGUCAACUAGCUAGACUUUUAAAGACUGCAGAAGCGCUGAAAAUAAAGGGUUUAAUUCAAUCCGAAGAAGCUCCGGAAGAAAUGGCAAAUGAAUCUGCCGAAGUUUGCACUUCGCUACCGAGGAAAAGAAAACGGAGGAGGAAGAGAAGCUCGAGUGAAUCGGACGACGUGGUCGAGAUUCCCUCUAAAGUUAAGUCGUCAGAACCCCCACUUUUAUCUCGGUACCGGAUAGAAAAAUCUUUCACGUCGUUUGCAGAUUAUAAAAUACCCGAAUCGACCAAGGACGAAGUCGAAAUAAUCGAAAAUCCUCCGAUAAUCCAUCUCGAAGUCGACGAUGAGAUCGAGAUCGUAAGGGAAAAUGAAGGUGAAAAUUUCGAAUCCGAAGCUCCAUCCGAGCCGAUAUCGUCGCAGAAUCUUGUUUCCACAACUACGUCCGACCCAUCGACAUUCGUUAUAGCAUCCACAUCACCUAUUUCGAAUAAAAUUAAAAUAAGCAAUGUAAGGACAGAUGAUAACGAUCGAUUAUCCGAAAAUUCUACAACUAGGGAUUUUUCUCUUCAAUAUUCGUCUUCAAGUUCCGAUACUGAACCUCCAGCGACGUCCAGUCAAACCGAUUUGGACCAAAACGUUCCCGACGAUCCUCAUGAAGAACCUUCAAUGUCGGAGCUAUCGGUAGCCGGUACUUCCCGUGACGAUUCGAAUUUAUCGGAAUCAAGUAAUUCUAAAGGUGAGGAAUUUGUUUUUACACGUUUAUUUCUAUACCGAAUUUACAGGUCUAAUGCAGAAUUCAUUCUGUGAAUGCUUAAUGGUAAUUUUUUAAAUAUAUA